AUGAACGGACGUAAUGUGAAUCAAGCAAAUGGUGGUAAUGUAUAUGCACUCAACAACUCGAGCCAGAGCCAAUCUCAAAUCCGACGACUAAAUUUCAACAACAUCAAACAUUUGUAUCCCGAGCAUCAAGCGAACUUAAGUCAUAGCGAAAACAAUAGUUACGAGAGCCUAGUAUCACCAUAUCGUCUUCCAAGUAUGUCUGUUGAUUCAAUCCCUUACGAUUCCAGUGCCGAUGAGAGUAUACCCUUGAGUCUUACGGCACAAGAGUUAACUUUACAAGAGAGCAAGACAUAUAUGAGAUGGUACAGUGAUAUCCUUGCUCGUACUAAUAAUCGCACCAUUUCCAUAAACGAUGUUUUCAACUUCCUUGUGAACUUUAAAAUAUUAGAGGAACGCAAAAACAAGAUAUAUCUGAUUUUUAGUAAGAUCAAGUCAAGUAUCAAUAUAGGGGAGUUUUUUGCAUUGUUAAGGGUGAUAAGUCACACUUUGAUGGGUGAAGAGCCAGUAAGACGAUUAAUCAAAGUCGUUGCUCCUGUACCAACUCCCCCGUCAAUCUUGUCAAAAAAGAGACAAAAUGAUGAAGAAGAAGAGAGUAGUGAGAAUACAGAUACGAAGGAGCAAGAGCAAGGUCUCAAGCCGAUGGCCCCCUUGGACAUAGAUAGUUUUACUCAAUUUUUAUUAACUGGAGAAAGACCCGAUACGAAUAAUAGCAUUGCCUCUCCAAAUAGCAAGAGAAAGGCGAAGAAAGUGAAAUUCUCGGAUCAAGUAGAUGUUCAUGAUUCUUCUGUUAUAAGUCCUAGUCCUUUGGAAUCUCCUCAGCUAACGUCAUCCAACCCAAUUGACUACUCACUACCUAUGGACCAAUUACUUGAAAGAAUGCAGCAAAAGAAACAAGAUGAGGAGGAAAAACAAGUGCUAAAAGAUAUGGAGUCACAGAUCAACCAUUUUCAAAAUUUACAUAGUGUUGAUACCGCAAGUGUUGGUGGCACUCCUGUUCCUGCAUCCUCUCACAACGAUAACAUGUUUCUUAAACCCAAUAUGACUGGCCCUGUACAAAUGUCUAGGAUGUUUGGAAGUAUGAGUGUAAGUCCUGAGCCUUUACUGGAAUCCCAGUUGACUCCGUUACGUCCGAAUGUGACAGGGCCUGCAGAUAUGGCACGAAUGUUUGCUCCUGAAUCAUUCCCACAGGAACUGCAACUGCAGUUUGGCUUUCAGCAGCAACAGCAGCAGCAACAACAACAACAGCAGCAGCAGCAACAACAACAGCAACAACAACAGCAACAACAACAGCAACAACAACAGCAACAACAACAGCAACAACAACAGCAACAACAACAGCAACAACAACAGCAACAACAACACCCAGGACAAGAGCAAACUCCACCCCAAGAUUUACCCAAAAUUUCCCUCCUGGCUUUUUCAUCUCAAAUGAGUGGUCAAACCAUGGAAAAUACCAUACAAAACCAACAACCACCGGUACCAAGACACAGGUCCUAUUCGUCACCUACACCGAAUAAGCCUGUACCCCCUCCUCCGCCACCAAGAAGAAGAAAUGUUCCAAGAAUACUGGGCUCACCUGCUCCACCUGCGCUACCUCCAAAAAUCCCAACUAAGGGCAAUAGCGGUGAAAGAAUGUAUUUGAAUUCAAAUGGUGAUUCCACUGCUAAUAUAUUAGAUGAUUUGAAAGCAUUGCAGGAGGAAGUUGAUAAGAUUCGAAACUUGACUGGAGGAUUCUAG